UUGAAUAAUAUAUACUUCAUUGAGCGACGGAUUCGUGUAUAUUCUGGGACAUACGAUAAAUUUUAAACUUUAAAAAUAAUAUUAAUUCUAUAUCGAAUAUUAUAUCAAAUAAAAUUCAGAAUGUCGUAGGGUGACAAAUAAUUAUACCUUAAAUUUUUUGUGAUUAAAAAUGUUUCGUAUACAAGUGUAUUAUAGUUUAAUUCAAAAUUAGAUAAGCCUUAGAAAUACAAUGUAGUUUAUUAAUAAUUCUGUCAUUAAAUUUUGCUGACGCUAUGUUUUUUCUUCUUCAUUGCGAAUAUGUUUUUUCUUGUUCUUCCUGCUUUUUUUCCUUCAUAAAAUGUACUGUACUGAACUGUAUGAUUAGUCCAAUCACGAAAAAGGCGCGCGUGCAUAUUUAUACAAAUCGAUAUUAUAAACUAAACUAAAAUUGUAAUCACGAUCUGUUCAUUCAUAAAUAUACUUUACAGUAACGUCACAAAGAGGAUUGUACCCAAGAUAUAAAUAAAAUAUUUAGUCUUCACAACGGGUUCAAACAUAUUUUGUUACAUUAACUUCCGGGUUUGAAAAAUCGAAGCCAGCCUGCGUCUAUAGAAAGAAAGUAUCGUAAUUCUAAUAUCUUAAACAAACACCAGUGUCGUAAAUUACCACCUGAAGAUCGAUAACUGAACAACAAUAAUUCCGCCUCUUCUUUGUGCAAUAUUGCGUCAUACGAUUGUUAUUCAUUAUCCAAUGGGAGUUGUUUAUUGCCGAUCGCGCGGGAAAUAGGUACACGAGUGAAGAAACCGCUCCUAAUAUUAGCGCGUUGUUCAUAGCAAUAAUUAUUGUAUGCCACGUGUGGAUGUUGCGGAUUUAAACACAGUUAAGUAUGCCAGCCUACGCAGAUACUUGUGUUGAUGAGAGCGGCUUAGUUGAGAAGUCGACAGCACCAAGACUGGCUAAUGAUCAACAGUUAUUUAAUAGUCCACCAGCCUAUACAGAUAUUUGUGUUGAAGAAGGUGGUUUAGAUGAGAAAUCAGCUUCAAGUCAGGCACAUGAUCCUAUGUUAAAGAAUGAAGAUUUUAGUGUGGAAGUUAAAGAUAUAGAAUCAACCGAUAGUAGUUCUAAUGUAUCGCCCAGCAGUAGUAGCAGUUCUAUCUGCAAUGCAUUUGACAAUGUUCAACAGAUUCAUAAAGAUAUUGGCUCAUUUAUUGAUACCAACAAAGUCAUUCUUAGAGGUGUAUUUAUUGGACUAAUGUGCACUUGUGCUUUGGGAUAUUUUAUAUGGGCACUGGUUAUUUCUAUCACAUAUGACUGCCAGGAUGUCCGUCCACUGAUUACCCUAGUUGUUGGCAUUGUUACAUGUGUGAUCAUUUGGCGUUGCAAAAUAUGCUUUAGUUCACAACUCGAAAAAUGCUCACUUGCUUUUGGAGAAGCUAUAAAUGGAAAAAUAAGAAAAAUAAUCAAAAUAGCUACUUGUACGCUGGUUUUGGUUGGAAUCGCCGUAGUGAUAAUACUCAUAGGAUUUCGGCGACCUUCAAAUCUUAUAUCUGUUUUUGGUUUCUUCACUUUUGUUCUAUUCCUCUGGAUUUUCUCAGCUCAUCCAGGACAGGUGAACUGGCGACCUGUGUUUGGAGGAUUUUGUUUGCAGUUUUACUUUGCUUUGAUUAUACUACGAUGGCAGGCCGGGUUCGAUCUUUUGUCUUGGCUCGGUCAAAGAGUCCAAGAAUUUCUAGAUCUUACCAAUUAUGGUGCCGAAUUUGUGUUUGGAUCUAAAUUCACUGAUCAUAUAUUUGCUAUGAAAGUUUUACCGGUGGUUAUAUUCUUUAGCUGCGUUAUAAAUGUUUUAUAUUACCUUGGAGCCAUGCAGAUGAUCAUUAGUAAGAUAGGGUGGUUGCUAAAGAUGGUCCUAGGAACAACAGCCCCAGAAUCCCUUUGUGCUGCAGCUAAUAUCUUCGUAGGACAUACUGAAGCACCCAUCAUGAUUCGUCCUUUUAUGCUACUAAUGACAAAGUCGGAGCUAAAUGCUGUUAUGACUGGAGGAUUUGCUACAAUUGCUGGAGGAGUGAUGGCAGCUUACAUCUCCUUUGGGGUACCACCUGAACAUUUACUAUGUGCGUCAGUGAUGAACGCACCUGGUGCUCUAGCAGUAUCGAAGUUAUUGUAUCCUGAGACAGAAAAGAGUAAAAUUAGAAAAAUAUCUGAUGUUGACAUGGGAGAAAGUAAGGAGAGAAAUAUUAUAGAUGCUGCAGCUGCUGGCGCAUCAGCCUCCAUCAAAUUGGUUGCCAUCAUUGCUGCCAAUCUUAUUGCCUUCCUAUCAUUAUUGGCAUUCGUAAAUGCCAUCCUGUCCUGGCUAGGAAGCUUCGUUUGUCAUCCUGAAUUCACCUUCCAGUUGAUCUGUUCAUACAUUUUUAUGCCAAUGGCAUAUUUAAUGGGUGUAGAAUGGUCAGAUGCAGGUGUUGUGGGAGAAUUGGUUGGAAUCAAAACUUUCUUGAAUGAGUUUGUUGCCUACAAGGAACUUGCAAAAUUUAUUGAGAACAGGUCAACAUGUACUGGGGACUAUCUCUCAAUCAGAUCUCAAGUGAUAGCAACAUAUGCUCUCUGCGGCUUCUCAAAUAUUGGCUGUAUUGGUGUCCAGAUGGGAGCUUUAGGAUCAAUGGCUCCUGAGAGGCGUGGCCACAUUGCUACUAUUGUGUUAAAAUCACUCCUUGGAGGUGUGGUUACAUGUCUAAUUACCGCUUCUAUUGCUUGGUUUGCUGUUGGUUGA